AUGUCUUCCAAAGAUUCCCUUCAGCUAUCUUAUCUUAUUCAGGGACUGCGAAAAUCGCAGUCGAAACCCAAUUUCACUUCAUUGAUAUGCUACGCCAUUCAGUCAUCGACGAAUACCCCAAAGGAUCUAAAUCGGCUUAACAAUGGACUAUCAUAUGCUUCAACGCAGCAUGAGCGCCAUCCGUUCUUUGUCUGCAUCCUAAAUUUACUUGAUAGUCUACCUAUGUCCACAGGAUUAUCAUUGGGUCUCUCACUUACACACGCAACUGAUGCUGAUGUGAAACAAUGUUUCACCGACUGGUUAAACUCAAAAUUCCUUUCCUUAUCUGACCAGGGCGGCUCGUUAUUGGAGAAUGAAGAUAAGCUGGUUGAACUUGGGGCUAAUCUGCUUGAAGAACUUGGAGUGGAAAGGGUGAAUUUUCUUCUCGUCCAUCUCCUCCGUCUCACCAGUUCUCGACAUUCCUCUUUGAGGGUUGUUUCGGCUCUUAGGAGAGGUAUACAACGUGCUUCUGCGGUUCCGAUUUCGCUUGGUUGUUGCCUUUCUGCUUCGUGUAUACUUCCUGACGCUAUGAAUGAAGACGGGGAUGAGGAUGAGGUAGACUUGAAGUUAUCACCGUCGCCUACAAUGGAGGCGUUCUUUCUUACCCCUUCCAAUCAGUUGAUGGAUUUUACUGGGCCGUCGUCGAAGAAGGCGGAGAGUGUGGUUCAAGGAUCCGCUAAUUUCCUUCUUGCUGAUGUGUUCGAGGAUCUCGGUUUCAUGGCUCUUUCUACGUGUCAGGUGACUGAGUGUCUGCUAAGUCAGUUUUCAUCGGAGGAUGUCACGAACACUUUCGUCGCUCGCAGCAUAUGCGUAAUGAUUCGCACAGCCGGUCGAAGGUCCUUCCUUCCUUCUGAAGAGUUCGUCGAUUUUAUUCGCUCCACCAACACGGUCUUUCCUGAGAAUUUUUCAGUUAAUCCAGCAGCUGAUGAGUGGUCUGUAAAGAACUUUCUCGAUUGGGUGCACUGCAUGAAUCCUGACCUUUCAGUUUCUCAGGUCAUAAGUGAGCUCGAUUGCUCCUACUUUCACGUCCCAAGUCAGGCGGGUUUAUCGGUUUUGAAACAUUUUCUCGUCUAUGAGGCUGACCGUCAACGGGACGUUUCGUGGGAAAUGUUCUAUCGUCCAUGGAGAAAUGCCUGUGGUCAGUUAUCCCUCUUUCAGCAAUGCUGCCUUCAUCCUGAAACAAACGUGCUUGUUCACUCUUCCACGGCUCAUCUUAGCGGCCUUAAGUUGGGGACUGAGGAUAAAACUCCGACCAUUCAGAUUUGGAAGAACUCGGAUUUUGUGGCUGCCCUGCUUCAUAUUUCCACGGUUGGUUUUUUUAAUGAGGCUCGCAGUAUUCUUGACCAAGGUUUCAAUUACUCACCUGAUAUAUUCACUGCAACUCUCCUUGCGACCCCGGAAAUGGUUCCGUUGAAAUGUAAAAUGCUUUCGCUAGCCUUUGCACACUUUCUUCUUCCACACACGAAUUCUCACUUCAUUCUUCAAACCGUUUGGACUGGUCCACUGCCGAAACUGACUGAUGCACAGCGUCGCUUUCAACGGAGCCUUUUCCUCACAACCUGUCUUAACCUCGUGGAAUCCUGGGGUGUCACCACCCUCUCUAACGGCACCGAGGCGCUCUCCUCCAUUCCCCUCUCUUCUUCUACCCAAGCAACAUUCUUCAAUCUUAUUGACGUAUUGUUACCUAUUCGGAGCGACUUGGUGAUGCCACUAGCGAUGCUGCUUGGCAGCCGAGCGGCACCCGUCUCGUUAGCCGUGUCCCAACUCUGGCCUGGGAGGGUUACCGCCGAAGGAGCGCCUGACGUAAGUGGGUUUGCAGAAGUCUCGGAGUCACCCUCUGUGGCCGCUCUCCUCGAUCUGGCCUUUAGUUUGGUGGUGUAUAUGGUGGACGCUGUAAAGGCUUUUAUGGGGACCGGGGACUGUGGCAGUGAAGGCAGUCUCCAGCAACUUCUCAAUGCACCUAUCUCAUCCAUUCAGACGACUCUGGAUUCGUUUCUUACCAACUGGUUCACUGAGCAGAUGACUGGUGAGAAGGAGGAUGCUGACGCCUUCUGCGUGGAGCUGCUGCGAUACCUAUGCCGGCGCUAUCCCUCGCUGGUAGACGUGUCGUCAGCACCAUUGCUUUCACAGGCUUCCACCGCUCCGAUACCACUGCCUUCAGCACUGCUGGAGGCCAACCGCCAUCUUCCUGUCCAUCUUCGUCGUCCCCCUGCCUUCAUCAUCCGACACAUCAUUAACUCUGCUCGCAAAGCACUCAGGCGCCUAACGAUCAACGUUUCAUCGAAAGUUGUGACAGAGACUAAUCAGACCCUAGCAUUCUAUUUGCAAAACCUAAAUCGCAUCUACAGUCUCUCGGGGGCUUCGUCAGUCGGCAGCUGUGGCAUCAGCGACCACACUGUCUCUACCAUCGCCGCAUCCACAGCCUCCGUGUGGGCGGCUUCCAGGGACACAGAUCCAGCCAGAGGGGCGUUAGCAGCAAGCUUACACAAACUGAUCCAACGCGGUCCUCCCGCUGCCGGAAGCGGGGCAUUAAUGGCAGGGACGGUCCCGCCCUCCGUAGGCGGCGCAGGGGCUAACGCACCACCACCUCCCUCUAUCUACCUCAACUUCAAUAUCGAGCCACCUGAGCUCAAUCUCUCUAGCGAAUUAGACGUUCAGGUGAACGCGUUCUUCCAUAAGCUCCUCCAGGGUGUCUGCAGCGUUGAGGACAUGGUUAAGUGCCUCUACGAGUACGCUGCUUCUGACUCGCCUGGGCAAAAGAAACUCCUUGAUGGUAUUCUUCGCGUUCUUACCUAUGAGGUCACCAGUCAUCUUCAUGACUACCCGGAACAUGCGUUGCACUCCAUCACCGAACUUUAUGGUGGCAUUCUUGCUAGCCUCGUCAACCAACUCCCAGUGUCAGCCCUUUCUAUGUUAUGGAAGGCAUUUUUGAAUCGUGUCUUCCUUUUUACCAACGAGCUGCACACUGAAACUCCGGCUUUUCGAGCUGUUGUAAGCAUUCUCAAUAAAACCAAGCCUACGUUUAUUCGUUACGUCAACUUAACCAAUUAUUUGGUCAAUUGCUUUGCCUUCAAGCACUUCCCCCCUGAGUUGCGUGAUGCUAUUGCAAGCGCAGAUGCCUUCUGUAAAAGCUUCCAGUGCCAGCAACCAAAUAGUCACUCUCACCUCACCGGUUCACAGUCGCUCAAGGACUUACAAAUAGCUGGUCAGGGCACAGCGACGCUUCAUACGCAACAACUUUUGUUGCAACAACAACAGCAGCAUCAGGCUCCAUCGACGCAAGAGCCUGCACCGCCUGUAUCACCUGAUGAAAACGUUCGCGAUCGCAUCUUCUUCGUCUUUAAUAAUGUCGCCCCUUCAAAUACGAAAGAAAAGGCGGAAGAACUUUGCAGCAUUUUACAGGAGUCUACUCUGCCUUGGUUUUCUCACUAUUUAGUAAACAAGCGUGUCACUGUUGAAAAUGCAUUCCUUGAGGUCUUCGAUGCUGUCGUUGACGAAGUUCAGAAGCGCUUUCCCACUGCUCGGCAAUCUGUCCUCUCUGAGCUCUUCCGUGCUAUCAAGGGGAUUUUACGCAACCUCCGAUCGGAUGUUGAUGAUCCUCAUGCUCGAGGGUGCUUAAAGAGUCUGGGUCGUUUUUUGGGUCUCCUAACGCUUGCACGAAAUAAGCCAAUUCUCCACGACGAUUUGAGUUUGAAGGAGCUUAUCCUGGAGGCGGAAGAGAAGGGUUCUGUGGCGCUCAACUUUGUCAUCCCUUUCAUUUCGAAUGUUCUUCGUGGGGCUGUUGAUAGCAUCUUUGCUCCACCUUCUCCUUAUACUAUGGCUAUCCUUAAAGUUCUGCGAGAACUUUAUGAUGUUUGUGACAUGAAGGUCCAGUUGAAAUUCGAGAUUGAACUAACUUGUAAAAUGCUGGGCUAUGAACUGCGAGAUCUUGCACCGGCGGAGUAUCUGCGAAAUCGGAAUAAUUUGGCAAACUUGGAGAAACGGCACAUUUUUUACGUAAAUCCGUCGGCCGGAACCACUUCUUCGUCUAGCCAACAACAACAACAGCAGCAGCAACAACAGCAACCACCACCACCAUCAUCACAAUUAACAAAUCAGACGCGAGCUCUGCAGGCUCAGGCAACACUUCAAGCCCAGCAGUCGAUUUCCUACGAUCCUCCCACCAUGGAGUGUAACCCUCGUUCAUUGGCAGCGUUGGCACACCAACAACAUCAGAGGUUGGCUGUUGCUCAACAGCAGCAAUCACAACAUCAGCAGAUGUAUGCAGCCGCUAGCUCUGCAGCUGGUGGACGUUCAAACGUCUUUUCUGCUCUCUUGGAGGGUGCUCAGUCGAAUCCUGCUGCAGCUGCUGCCGCCGCUGUCAUGGCUGGGAAUGUUCACCGCGGCGAUUCCAUCUACUCCUACGGUGGUGGGGCCACUGCUGAUGAUAGUUUCCGUCGCAAGUGGGAUCCCACUCUGGUGGCUAUGCAGCAGAAUGCUAUGGUUGGUCAGCAGCCUCAACAGCAACAACAACCAUCACUGGCACAAUCACAGCAGCAGCAGCAACAGCCUGGACGACAACAACAACCGCAGCUAUAUCCUCAAGUUGCUGCAGCGGUUGUUGCAUCUCAGCAGAUUCCAGCAACACCAACCUCUAAUUACAACCCGGCUGCCGCUGCUACUGGUCUGCCUCAUGUCGUUUCAGCUCCUCAGUUGGUUGGCUCUACGCAACAGGCAAGAGAACUCUCCCAUUCUGGUGCACUUGGCGGCACUGGUAGCUCCUUGCUACAAUACGAUGAUUUAGAUAUUUCCACAGUGCGCUCCUCUAUCAACAUGGAGGAGAUCAUUCAGCAGUUGUACGCGCUCUCUCAGUCAUCUGUGCAGAAUAUUAAUUGCAGUGUCGCCUUAAAAGCAUUUAAUAUGCUCCGUAUGGACGCAGUUCGGGGGGUGAUCUUGCCUACGCUUGAAAAGUGCAUUAAGGAGACUCUCGGUCCUUUGGCGGAUCGAUCGAUAACACUGGCUCUCUCAACAACGGAGACGUUGAUUCGGAAAGACUUUGCUUUCCAUUCAAAGCCCAUGCAGAUGAUGUGUUCUGCCAAGCAGAUGGCACGUCAUCUAGCUGCUGCUUCUUCCCUCACCAGUGGUCGUGAGGUCUUUCAUGUCAGCUUGUGCAAUAACCUUAUCAGUUCUAUUUGGAAUGUUGUGAAGUUUAGUAACCAACAUGACAAGGAUGCGGUGGAGCUCAUCGCAAUGGUUGUGGCUUCUAGAGCUGCUCAGGCCUCGGUGGCUUACAUGCAGAAGACUAUUGCAGAGCGCGCAGUUUGGGAAGUGGAAAAGAAGUUAGAGGCGGAUGUGAAGCUCCGUCAGGAACUGGGCCCACGUCGGUUUGAGGAACAGAUGACUCAUAGUCAUCAGAACCUUCCUGAGUGUGUAAGAAUUAAUGCACAUCUAUUGAACAGCAUACGUCUGGAGGUGUACCAGGAGUUUGGUCGCUCAAUUCCGGGCUUCGCCCCAUUGGUUAGCUCUGUGUCUCCAGAGAACAGUCACUUUCCGCUUCCGGUGUCGACCGGUGCUGUUGUUGCAGCCGCGCAGGCUCAGCAGAUGUUUCAGAGGGCGUCAGGCUCGAUGGUUCCUCAACCUGCGGUUUCUUCGGUAUCAACUUCUGGAACACCUCAGCAGAUUGCCGUAGCUGCGAAACUGCUUUUCCAACAACAUCAACAGCAGCAAUACCUCCAGCAACAGUCACAUACUGGCGUUGUCACCUCUCAGCAACAACCGCAACAUCAGCAGCAACAGGCACAUCCUCAGCAGCAACCUCAAUCGACGUCGUCAAUGAACCUCUUUGAUAGCAUUGUGAUGCACAUCCGCCGUCACUUGGCCAACAUAACGAAGCUUCUUUCUCCCGUGACUCCCUCCCAAGAACAUCCCAUGGUGCGCUCCUUGCAGAAUCUUGUGGAGAUUGUACAACUAGCGAAAGCAACGACUGUUGGUGGUGGCAGCUCUGGCGGUGGUGGCUCCGCUUCCGGAAGUGAAAAUGUCUGUGUUCGAAUAAUUGCAUUUCUCAUUCAGUCACUUCUCACCCAUUAUCAUCCUUCGCAAUGGAAUGAGCAACCUGGCGGCCUGCAAGUUAUGGAACACCUCAAGGAGGCUCACAUGAUUACUCUACGACAUCUGCUCUCUUGUGAACAAAACACUUGGGUUACUAAGCAGGUGACGAACGCGUGGAUCCAAUUGCCGGACGGUGAUGCGGAACUCUCGAGCAUUCAGCGAUCUGCUUCUUCCAAUUUGACGAAUGCUUCAAAAGUGGAACAGCUUUCCACACUUGCUACUCUUGCUGUGGCGAAGUCUGGGACUCGGGUUUCAACAGGAGGCGAUUUUAACAAGUCUGCAGGUUUUAGCGUUGGCAGUAGCAAGUGGAACUGGGAGGCUUUUGCGGAGCUUCUGAAAGUUCAUGUUCUUUAUCUUACACAGAUUGACGCCUUCCUGGCGAGUAAAGUCGCUUCUGGUCACACGAUGGCGACAAUAUUUGUCCUCAAUUUGCUAGACCACUUCGUUCUGCCUAUCUUUAUGGGAUCUCCGUCUGUUCCACUACCUGUUGACAGUGCUAAUGCCGUGACUGCUAGUCAGUUGGCAAGCAAUGCGACGCGAACUAUUUCCUCCUCUCUUGGGAGCAUUUUUACGGUCACCAGCAAACGCGAAUUCACCGUUCUGAACGAGUACGAUCUUUGGCUUACUAUUCAAGCUCUUCAUGCGCAGCAGCGGGCUACGCUUGUUGCUCCUGGUGAUUUUAACUUGCGUCUUCGACUUUCCUGUGCUCGCAUCCGAGCUCUCAUGGAUUGGGGUCUCUUUGAAACGGAGCCCUUAAAUCUCUUCCAUGAAAAUGAUUCUGCGGAGUGUGCGGCUCUUUUUAUCGGUUGUUCGCGUGCUCGCGAAUUUGAUGAUACUCAGCAGAUGAAGGCAAAAACAGAGAACUACUUCCGUUGGUGGGUGGAGUUUUAUCGCAAUCCUCUUGAACAGGCAGAGGUUGGAUCACCAGCUGAACAGGCCCUUAACAACCUCAUCGGGAUGGGCUUUCUCUCCUCUGACGAGAGUAUAAUACGCUUCUUUCGGCUGGCUACCAUCUAUGUGGUUGAGAGAACUUUGAACAAUCUUAAAUUAACUGAGCAGGCCUCCUCCAACUUGGUGAGCAACACGCGGAACAACAGUGUCUACAUUGAGUUGGACGCCUACGCGCGUCUCAUAAGUUACGUGGUUAAUUGGGCUGAAGGCCCAGCGGAGAAUGUGACGGAAGCUAGCAAUCCUAAAAUGUCCUUAUUGAGUCGAGUAUUGGGUAUAAUUGGUGGCACGCUUAUGCAGAGCCAUGAAGUUCGACCCGAGCUCUUCCAUCCCAUGCCCUUUGAGCGCAUCCUUGUGAUGUUGUUCAUGGAUCUGUACAACAAUGUUCCCAUUCCUCCUCGUCCUGCUAAUUCCGCUACAGCUACCUCUUCACGUGAGGCAGGGGAUGUUCAGUUAAGGAACCUUACCUUGCACGAGUACAUUCCCAUCGCUUUUGGUAAACUUUUUCACAUGCUGCGGCCAACACGGGUGGCCAAGUUCACAUUAGCCUUUCUCGAGAUGAUUGGUCAUCGUUGUUUUGUGUCGCAUACUCUAGGAGCUUCAGUGUCUCCCCGACUGCGCGCUGCCUACCGUGCUGUGUACGCUCAGUUGCUGGCUGAUAUGCUCAAUUACCUGGCCUUUUAUUUGCAGAAUGCUAUUGCGCUCAAGCACGUCACGUCACUUUUCAUCGCCACCUUCCGUCUUUACCUCGUGCUUUUUCACGACUUCCCAGACUUUAUAUCCGAUUAUUGCCUCUUCUUCUGCAACAUUAUAUCGUCGUCUGCUAUUCAAUUGCGUAAUCUCAUCCUCUCAAGUGAGCCCAGACGUGGCGUUUCCUCUACUGAUCCUCUCAACGCACCUCCAGUAAACCAACUGUCUCAAUUGGAAGAUCCUGUUGGCUACACAAUGGAGGCCGGUAGUCGCCUACCACCCGUUCUUCGGUCAGAGAUCGAUUCCUAUCUUUCCUCCCGAUCACCUGCCAAGCUCCUCUCCGAACUCGGUUUAAUGCUGCGCCGAGUUGAUUCGGUAGCUGCGCUUCUCAUUUCUCCUCCCCUUCUUCUCACCUCGGCACUGGAUGUGGAACACUCUGAUGGUGGGGAUGCGUCUGGGCAGGAGGCGGUCCCACCUCCACCGCCUCCUCAGGGCAAAAAAGCAAAGAAAGCUGCAGCAGCGAAAGCUGCUGCAGCAGCUGCCCAACAACACGCAGUGCUCGUGGGAGCUGCUCAGCAAGCAAACAUGGCAGCCUUUUGGGCAUCUUUGGGGUCUCAGAUGCUGUCUACGUACGGCGUUGCCAAUUGUAUGCAUUACAACGUAGAGGUGAUGACUGAUUUGGUGCUUUAUCUUUGUAUCACUGCGGUGCGAAGCCUGCGUGACUCAGGGACGCCGCUCAAUGUAGGCUCGGUGGCAAAUACACCGCAAAUGGAGAUUCUUCAGGCUCUGAUUGUGAAUUUGGACGAUGAGGGCCGCUACCUCCUGCUCAAUUGCAUGGCUAAUCAAUUGCGCUAUCUCAAUUCCCAUACAUAUUACUUCUCCUACAGUCUCCUCUAUCUCUUUGCUGAGUUACCGAUGCAGAAGGUGAAAGAGCAAAUUAGUCGAGUGUUGAUGGAGCGUUUAAUUGUGAAUCGUCCACAUCCCUGGGGCCUGCUGAUGACUUCUGCGGAGUUGUUGCGGAAUCCCACCUACCACUACUGGGACCAUGGGUUUGCGCGCUGUCACAGAGACAUGGAAGAUUUGCUCGAUUCAGUUGCAACCUCUCUUAUCAAAUCGGAGAAGAAGGCGAGGAAGGAGGUUGAGUUGUUUCACAUCGUCACCGUCGUAGCGCGCAGCUGUAUCUCCAACUUCACACCCCCACAAAGCAGCAAUAACGGUGGUGGCAAUAGUAGCAAUAGUAACAAUUGUGGCAGCACUGUCACUUCUGGUGGCGGAAGCCAGCUAUCCAACCAAGCACCUUCCACGCCGUCAAUGUCGCAAUCUCAGGGAGGCACGGCAGUAUCAGCUGCUCCCACACCCUCUCCCCAACCAGCCGCCGAGACGAAGACUAUCGUUCCUGCUGCAGCUACACUGAGUUGA